AUGACAUGCCAAGGAAGUAUGAGGAAAUGUGAUUCUGAUUAUAAGAGAAGACAUGUCGAAUUAUCUAAAAACAGUGAGAAAGAUGGGGAGGUGGAUGAAGAAAUAGUUGUUGUAGAGGAAGCAAAUGAGACAGAUACUGAGAUUUCCAAUGAAGAGGAAUUAAAUGAGGACGAAAACAACCAGAAUGAGGAGGAAAAAAUCAACAAUGAAAAAGACAAAGAGAAUGCUGAAGAAAGUAAUAAGGAAAUAGACAAAAAUAAAGACAAUGAUGUUGAAGACAAGACUGAUGAAGAAGCCAACAAAGAGCAAUUGGAGACAGAGCUAGCAGCUGAACCUGUUGUGGAAAAUUUGUCUUUUGUUCUUGUGCAAGUACUCAUGGAGGAAAAUUCGGCUGCAUUCGAAAAACCCCAAGUUGAGCAGGACAUACAACAAGAUGAUGAGGAUGAAAGCUCUGAGUUCCUUGCCUCUUUUCAAACAAGAGCCACAUGUGACCAAUAUCAAAUGGGAAAAGUAAUCAAGAAAUAA